CCUAUAUAGCUCGGUCUCCUCUCGCUUGGCUGUUCUCCACCUAAGACGAGGACCUCAAGGCCUGUUGUUUGGGUUAUUGUCUACAGAUAGAGAUAGAUAGAGAGAGAGAGAGAGAUGGGGAGGGCUCCGUGCUGCGACAAAGCUAACGUGAAGAAGGGACCAUGGUCGCCGGAGGAGGAUACGAUACUCAAGGCUUAUAUUGAAGAGCAUGGAACUGGUGGUAACUGGAUUGCGUUGCCUCAUAAGAUCGGGCUGAAGAGGUGUGGGAAGAGUUGCAGGCUGAGAUGGCUGAAUUAUCUGAGGCCUAACAUCAAACAUGGCGACUUCUCUGAAGAGGAAGACUUCAUCAUUUGUAGUCUCUUCAUAAGCAUUGGGAGCAGGUGGUCAAUAAUAGCAGCUCAAUUACCAGGGAGAACGGACAAUGACAUUAAGAACCACUGGAACACAAAGCUCAAGAAGAAACUUCUGGGCAAGAAAAGAGAACCAUUGCAGCAUCGACGCGUGCAUGCUACUCAACAGCCAAGCAAUGACAAACCUCCGCCAGCAGUGACUUCAUCUGCCCUCGAAAGAAUUCAGCUCCACAUGCAUCUCCAAAGUCUCCACAACCCCUUUUCCUUCUACCACAACCCUGCACAGUGGCCUGACUACCAUGCUCUGGGAGAGAGCAACUUCCAGAGCCACAACAUGGAUGACAUGGCCAAAGCUCAGGCUCUGGGCGACAUGGCUGCAUACCAAGCUAAACUCGACAUGCGUAACACAGCCAUCCAAGAAGAAAUGGACUGCUCAACGUUAGGGUUUCGUUCACCUCCGGACAGCAUCGGUGCUCCGAGCACGGAUCGUUCCAGCGCAAGCUCUAAUCCAUUAGAACCAGCGACCGGGUGCAAGCUAUACGGAUCGUGUGACUACAACCAAACGAAUGUGGAAGCAGAGAUCAUGGAUUCGUGGGACUGUAAUGGUUUCUCCGAGGACACGUCCGGACUUUGGGACUUGACUGCCGUCAUCCAUGCAGAUUCUAUGCUUCAAGAGUACAUGAAAGGGAGGCAAUGAUGAGUAGUUUGAUGUAUCGAUAUUGUUGAUACUUUGGACUUCAUCUUGUUCUAAUACCUGUCGGAGUACAUUUGUUAGUACUACUUUGUGUAGUGUUCUUGCAUUACAUCACGCCAAACUUUGCACUUGACUUGUUCUUA